CGCAACCGCGUUUCAAUGCGGCGUCCUUGCAAUAACCUUCCAGGCGCGCAACGCACAGCAGCAUUCCGCCCGCUUCCUGCUCAUUCCUGCGCGCCGACGGCGUGCAACAAGUGUUUGUGCCCGCACACAUCCUUAGCCUCCUUACACACUGCUGCGUCCUGCCAGACGGGAACACCCAUCCGCAUCGCCGCGUCCACAGCCAUGAACGACCGCCUCAAGUGUAAGAUCGGUCCGUCGAUCCUCAACGCCGAUCUCUCCCAACUGUACAAAGAAUCACAGCGAUUACUCGACAAUGGGGCCGACUAUCUGCACCUGGACGUGAUGGAUGGACACUUUGUGCCGAAUCUCACCUUCGGUGCACCGGUGGUCAAGUGUCUGCGUUCGAAGAUCCGGCAUGCCUUCUUUGAAACGCACAUGAUGGUGCAAAAUCCCGAACAAUGGAUUGAACCGAUGGCAGACGCCGGCGUCGACCAGUACACAUUCCAUAUUGAGCCUGUGAAGGAGAUCAUCAAGACUUGCAGGAAAGUGAGAGAGGCAGGCAUGAAAGUUGGGCUGGCACUGAAACCUGGGACUGAAAUUGAUGCAGUGAGGCAAUUCAUUGAUCAAGCUGAUAUGAUCUUGAUCAUGACAGUGGAGCCUGGUUUUGGUGGGCAGAAGUUCAUGACUGAUAUGAUGCCUAAAGUACAAUGGCUUAGGCAUAAUUAUCCUCUGCUUGACGUGGAGGUUGAUGGGGGAGUUGGCUUGAACACAAUUGCAGCAUGUGCAGAUGCUGGUGCAAACAUGAUUGUAAGUGGGACGGCGAUAAUAAACGCACCGGAUCAACGCGCAGUCAUCGCCAGCCUUCGUGAGACUGUCGAAAGUUCCAUACACAAGUGCAGCGUUUAGUUACAAUAAGCAACAAAAAACCAAAAAAUACAAAAACCAAGCGCAACAAAAGCAAUGUAAUCACAAGCAAGUGUUUGAUAGAGAAUUAAUUUUGACACGGUGGGCAGGGGGCAUUCAACUAGCUAACAAGUACAAGUUCAGGUUACAGUAACCAUUAAGCAAGCGCUGAGGCAGUUGGAUCGUGUGCUUCAAUCAAAAAGUCAAUACGCGUAUUUGAUAAAACAAAACAAGUAAAGUAACAGUAAAGAAAUCCAGCAAGUCAAAGCACUUGCACUUGCCAUUAAUUAUACGGGGUAUUCCUCGGACAACAUCAACAUGUAUUGUUUCUUUGGCGCAUGUUGUUUGGUUGCAUGUUGAUGCUGGGGAAAUUGUGUCUUUAACAAUAAGAUUUGUUGGGGAACUCUUUUUGUACGAAUUAUUAAGUUUAUUCUUUCGUUACGUUUUUGUUGUACAAGUAUUUGUUUGAAGCGAUCGUUGCGUUGCUAUGAGAAAUCAAGACUUUUUCGUCUCGCAUGUGACUUACGAAUCGACUUGAGAACACAAAAGUUACUUAUUAAUGCAAAAAAAAAUAACGCAGAAAACCGAUCAACUAACGACUUGUUAAUCGUAAUGUUUGGCCGACCGCCUUUAUUGGUCCUUGUUAAACGAAUUUAUUACUAACUAUAUUAAGAUUAUUACUUAUACAAUAUAUACUUGAAAACGUAACAA